AUGAAAUGCACAGCCACUAUGCAACAGUGCAUGCUCGUUGAAAUAUUUUUUCAACUGUACUGCGAAGCAAGGAUCGACUACAGUUUCGAUUUCCGAUUACAAAAUGAAACCUUAUGCGAGCAGUUAUUGAUUGCCUCCCUAGAAGUAAAUAUGUGGAAAUUUUCUGAUUUGCCAACAGAUAAACAAACUGCGACACUGCUUACUGCAAUGCCAUACACGGUCAGUGUUACUGAUGUUACAAAGAUAAGUAAAGAAUUCUUGAGUGAUAUUCAACGAAAAAUGAGUAGAUUGGCAUAUAUAUGCGAAGUUGAACGCAAUGAUAUGGGUAGGUUAUUCGAGCGAAUGUGA